UUAAAAGUGAUUUGGUAUCGGCCAUUUACUAAAACGGCAUACAUUAUAUAUUGGUAUCUUAAUAAACACUCCACUUCAAAAACACCGAGCUUGGGUUAGCUGAAUAAAGAUGGCUACUUCACAUUUCGAGGAUAUGUGGUGCAGAGGCUGUAUAAAACACUUAGGAAUGUCGGAGAUCGCUGUAAACAACCUACGUAUUUACUAAUAAAAGCGCCUGGUCUGCGUUUUCAUCAACAAGAUCACCAGAGCUCUUUCAGUAUUCUGAAUGUUCUCGUGACGUCCGACUGAAACCUCCUGAUUUUUUAGUGCGGCUGUAAAUGUUAGACGUUUUAUUCGUUGCCAAGAAGUUGUCUAUGAUUAUUAUGAUACAGGUAAGGCAUCCGUAAACCAGAGAGGACAACUCAUACUCGUUCACGAUUGGCGUUGCAGAUGUGAGCUGACAUCUGAAAAUCCAUGUAAUACAGAAUGCUUCAGCACAAACAGGGCCAAGAGUUUUGUUUCGGACCUCAAGCUUUGAAAGAAGCUCUUAUCUCUACCAAUGCUCACCUGAAGGAUCUCUAUGCCAGCACAUUCUCCACUGCAGAGAAAUGCUUCUUGUCUGAGGCUUACAAUCCAAAUAGAAUCGUCUUCCAGACACUACUUAUAAGGACUGCUUUUGAUUGGCUUAUCAGUCGUCCUGAAGCCCCAGAAGACUUUGAGAGCUUCUAUAACUCUGCUCGCUGGCGCCAAUGCACCACUUACAAAAGAACCAUCUACAUACAGCCAAUAGCAGGAGGCCAAUAUGCUACAACAGAGGGCUCAGGAAGUUCUCCAAACACAGUUGUCCAUUGUCCAGGAGACAACAGCAGCUCAGACUUGUUACCUUCAGGAACAGAUAUGUAUGAAAGAGAAGGAGAAUGGAUGGUUAUUUUCCUUGACAACCUCAAAUCUUAUUUGGGGGCGUUCUUCCUGGGUUUAAAUGUGAAGUUUCUCCCAUCAAUAUCUUCACUGUCUAUAAAGUGCGAUAUCCGUCGGAUUCCACACUCCAGUACAAUCCAGCUCCAUGUUGAUGGAAUUCUGAAACACUUAAUGGCGUUAAAACCUAUGGAUGCAUUCUGUGUCCUUGGUGUGACUUUUUGUGACCUUUACUCCUGUGACACAUGGAACUAUACAUAUGGAAAAUCUUUAAAUGAGCAAGCAGUAGGUGUCUGCAGCUUUUCCCGAUUAUCUGGGAGAACUUCAGAGAAAGUGCCUGAGGCAGGUGAAUGGAAAGCUGAAACUCACCAUCUCAGAAAGGAAAGUCAGCAUGUGAAAGAGCAGCCAGAAACCUUAACUCUGAAUGAACUGUUACAGUGUUGCAAGGUGGUCAGUCAUGAAGUGCGUCACCUGGUAGGCCUGGAGCACUGCCGAUGGCUGCGGUGUGCAAUGCAAGGAGUGACAAGCCAGGACGAAGUGUUCCUCAGGCCCACAGACCUCUGUCCCAUCUGCCUCAGGAAGCUACAGUUUGCCCUGGGCUUCACUCUGCUAGAGCGCUACAAGAAGCUUCAGGCCUGGUGCCAACAUGCUUCUUUCACCUGGAUCCCCAAGGACAAUGUGGACAGAAUUACUUUAGAGGAUCCUUUCUUGUUCAGCUCCGACUCUGGCAUUUCUUGUGAGAAUGUGUCAGAGCCUCUGUCUGCAACCUUGGAGACCGUCAGCCCAAAUGCAGAAAACCAGGAAGUCUCUGUUGCUCGUGCAUUGGAACAUGAUGGACAUCCUACUGCUGCAGCUUUGUUUUCCUUUUCUGGCACAUGCAAGACUCAGAGAAGCGAGGAAACAGUGGUGUGUGUUGAACUUUUUGCAGACCCACUUCAGGACUAUGAAGCUUGGCUGGAUUUGUGCAUCACGAACCUUGAGACUGAAGUUCCAGAAGACAAGCUCUCUCAGUUGGACAAUCUUGUGGAUGCUUUGCCCCCUCACAGUACCAUCCUAGACCGAGUGCCUAUUGUAAGGGUAUCUCUUGAGGCUCCUAAAGAGGACAGACGUUUGAAAACAAUUAUUGGGCAGAAGUUUUCCCUUUUAUGUAGGAAGCUGAGCUCAAGGAAGCUGAAAAUGUCUCAUUUGUUUGAUGAUAGUGGGGAAGAUUGAAUGUAUUAUAGAUUGAAUGAGGGUGUUAUCCAUGUAACCUGUCUCACUAAAAGAAAACAAAUCAGUUUCAGAAGAGAUUAAAACAAUAACCACAUCUGAUAACCCAUGGAUAUCAGUGCUAACUCCUGACGUUUAAUCCCAAGAGCUUGUAUUAUCACAUACAGAGUAUUCGUCCCCUACUGUACAAAGGGCACAAACAUUAGCUUUCUUCGACAAAAGUUUCAUAGUGUGAAUAUGCUUUUCUGUAGCUGUGGUAUGUGUUAAAAUAAAAUUGUUAAAAAGUGCAAGACUGUGAUGCAGUGUAAAUAAUAAAGACAUUAAUAUAAUUAGACAAGCACCAUACAGUAUGAGUAUGGGAGUUUUAAUUUUAAAAGACUGUUUUCACCUUAUAGCUCUAAUGGAAAUAUACAAAAGUAUAAUUAAAUGUCAAAUACUAUGCUAUGGAAAAAUAAAUUACAUCAUCUUCCAAAUGUGAUGUUAUAUUCUGUGCAUAUAUGUACUGUAAAGAUCCAGUUUGCAAUUUUGGCCUACAACAUAAAAAUAACUACUGAGAGCUGGCUGUAGAUUCUAUAGGCAUCACUCCUGUUUUGUUGUUUUUAGUUCAAAUCCUUAAAUUCAUUGUGACCUCUGAAAAUGCAUCUAGUCCUACUACAUCAGUAUGCUAAUGUCUCCAAGUAGUGUAGAAAAGGAUUAUAGUCCCAAUGUGCAUGUGAAUGACAGUAUAAGAAGAUCCAAGAAAGAAAACGUGUUAGGGAAAUAAUUAAAUCUUUUCUGUAGUCAAGCCUUCUAACCUUAAGUAGCAUGUCCUAGAACUGAAACAAAUCGGAGCACUUCUUACUGGUCCAGGGUUUUGAAAACAAAUUCAGGCAAGCAUCACACAGAAACAUCUCCUGUUCAUCAUUGUUCAGAGACUUGUUCAGAAUUCAGGAGUUGGCUCGCUGUAGAAGGCAAAAGAAAAACACUGGGAUUGUCAUCGGGUCUUAAACCUCCCAACAAAGUGCUAUUCUUCAGUCUUUUGUCACUUGGCACUUUCCUUCAUAUUCAAUGUUCUCCGUCAACAAUCAGACAUUUAACCUGUCUGAUUGUUUAACUAGUUUAAAAAAAUGCUAAAAAAUAUUAAACUGGAUUUCCUUCCCAGUGGGCCUCAGCUGGUGUCUGCCCAUUUGCUCUGUGAUGAUAGCAGAUUAUUAAAUAUCAGAGUUCAGCUUUUGGUUCAAUUAAAUUGAGCCUCAAGGAAAUGUUUAGAUAACAAGAGUCAUGAGAUUUUACUCAAUCCAUGGCCUGCUUGAAAAAGAGUCCUUGUAAGUUUCCUGAUUGCAUCUUGGUUCCACUGUGAAAUGUGCCCAUUUACUAAAGGGUUAUCUGAAGAGUAUUUAUUUUGUGUCCUAAUGUAUCGGGUUCAUUUGAUACAAUGGCAGUAAAAAGGUUUUAACAAGGUUAAAAAUGAACUAUCCGCAUUUUCAUGAUAGCAGAACUCACUAACACAACAGUACAAGAUGUUGAUCGACCUGAAAACCUUAUAAUAAACUCAGACAUGAUUAAUAAAAAA